AUGACCAGUCCAGAGAGCACCAAGAAAGCCGAAUCUUCUGACCAGCCUCUAAACCGGGAGCCUUCAGCAAAGGUCCUGGUGGAUCACUACGACCGUAACCACGGUCCAAUCCCCCACAUCAACAACGAAGGCCACUUUAUCCGCGUCGGCGGUCUUGUCAAGAACCCACUAUUACUCAGUGUGAACCAGCUACGUUCCGAAUUCACCCAACAUGAAGUAACCUGCGCACUUGAAUGCGCCGGAAACAGACGACAUACGAUGCGCACGCUCAUUAAAGAAGUCCAGGGCAUUGACUGGGGCGAUGCGGCGAUCAUGAAUUGCAAAUGGAAAGGGCCUCGUCUUCGAGAUGUGAUUCUCCAUGCUGGUUUACGGGUGGAUGUCACUGAUCCAACUCGUGAAUUCCAUGUAGCAUUUGCUUCUUAUCAGGCAAAGUGUCAAGAAGAGGAGUGGUUUGAGGCUAGCGUUCCGCUGGGGAUGUGUCUGGAGAUUGAAAGGGAUGCUAUUCUAGCACUUGAAGUAAAUGAUACCACUCUUGAGAGCAAUCACGGGUAUCCCGUUCGCGUCGUUCUCCCCGGUAUCGUGGGUGUUCGAUGGGUAAAAUGGCUUGACCAUAUCAUAAUCCAAGACCACGAGUCACGCAAUAUCUACCAACAACGCGAUUACAAAGUCCUUCCUCCGGCGGCCGUGGACACUGAAUCUGCGAAGAAGUAUUGGGAGGAGACUCCACCCAUGUACGACAUCCCGAUCAAUUCUGCCAUCGCGGUUCCAGCUGAUGGCGAGACGGUGACAUUAUCCUCGACCGGUACAGUUCAAGUAAAGGGUUAUGCUAUUCCACAAGGUGUGAGUGGACCUGUAACUCGUGUUCAGGUGUCCGGAGAUGGUGGUGACUCGUGGGUAGAUGCGCAAUUAAACGACUCGGAGAAGAGUAUGAAGUGGAGCUGGGCAUUGUGGACGGCGAACCUUAAGUUGCCCCCUGGUGUACAACGGGAGAUUUUGAGUUGCGCCACGGAUGCAGGACUUAAUUCGCAGGAGUGCGAGCAUUCGCAGUGGAAUUUGAGAGGGGUUGGGUAUAGUGGGUAUGGUCGAGUGAGAGAUUUGACGGUUGUUGAAGGAUAG